CCUGAUUUGUUAUAGUCUUGUCUUGUCUGUGUGCAGCAUGCAUGAUGUAUGGAGGGGGAUGAUGUAGGAGUUUUCUGUGUCAUCAUCUCAUCCGUCCUCCCCGUUCAAACUCCACCUGUGAAGUUCGAGUUUAUUAAGGGUGUGGUUCUGAAGAUCAGAAGCAAUCGCAGAAUCGUGGUUGGAUGCCGAUCAAUUGGGUUUGGUUACCAGCUGGAAUGGUGGGGGUUUGCAGAACCCAAUUGGAGCGAUGUGAAUGUGAGAAGGAAGGGAGGGAGAGAGAAACUUGAGGAGAGGGGGGAGAUGCUUCUCUUUGUUUGGGUCCUUUUUUGUGCCUUUUCUCUUCUAACUUCCCCGGAUUUUUGGUCCAUUUGAUGAAACUGGGAAUGUUGAUUGAUUGAUGAAGACGUCAAGUUGCACAAGGGUGAGUUUUAGUUUGACCCACGAUGAUGAAACGGCUUUCUAUCAAUAUCUAUCGUCAUUCCCAUGCUGGAGUCUACUGUAGAAGACUGAAUUUUACCAUUACAUGGGGGAGGUGGAAAAAAAUGAUCAUUGCCUGAAGGAGGAGGGAUCAGUGAUGUUUGCGGGUGGGAUAUUUCGUGGUUAUUAAGCACAGCGCGCAUGUACUAAGUUAGUGCUGUAAGUAUGUCUUUGAUCCAUGCAUUAAUAGACAUGAUUUUCUGAGAAGCGAAAAAGAGGGCC